AUGUUUCUCUCACUCUUUUGGUGUGUGUCUCUCUCACUCUUUUGGUGUGUGUCUCUCUCACUCUUUGUGAGUGUCUCCCUCACUCUUUGUGAGUGUUUCUCUCACUCUUUUGGUGAGUGCGCGUGUUUCUCUCACUCUUUUGGUGAGUGUCUGUUUCUCUCACUCUUUUUUGGUGAGUGCAGUGUUUCUCUCACUCUUUUGGUGAGUCUUGUGUGUUUCUCUCACUCUUUUGGUGAGUCUUGGCGUGUUUCUCUCACUCUUUUGGUGAGUCUGGCGUGUUUCUCUCUCACUCUUUUGGUGAGUCUGGCGUGUUUCUCUCCUCUUUUGGUGAGUCUGGCGUGUUUCUCUCACUCUUUUGGUGAGUCUUGGCGUGUUUCUCUCACUCUUUUGGUGAGUGCGCGUGUUUCUCUCACUCUUUUGGUGAGUGCGCGUGUUUCUCUCACUCUUUUGGUGAGUGCGCGUGUUUCUCUCACUCUUUUGGUGAGUGCGCGUGUUUCUCUCACUCUUUUGUCUUGGCGUGUUUCUCUCACUCUUUUGAGUGAUGCGUGUUUCUCUCACUCUUUGGUGCGUGUCGUGUUUCUCUCACUCUUUUGUCUGUGUGUGUCUCUCUCUCGCUGUCUCUGCCUCUCUGUGUCUCUCUCUCUCUGCCUCUCUGUCUCUCUCUCUCUCUCUGUGUCUCUCUCUCUCUCUCUGUCUCUCUCUCUCUCUCUCUCUCUCUCUCUCUCUCUCUCUGUCUCUGCGUGUCUGUGUCUCUCUAUCAUUUUUCUCUAUAUGUGUGUGUGUGUGUCUCUCUCUCUGUUGGUGUGUAUAUGUAUGUAUGUCCCUCUCUGUUGGUGUCUGUGUCUUUCUCUCACUGUAUGUAUGUGUGUCUAUUGGUGUGUAUGUAUGUAUGUGUGUUUGUCUCUGCCUCCCUCUCUCUCUCUCUCUCUUUGUUGA